UACAAGCUGUGCCCGUGCUGGACAGCGCCCGAAGCUGCCAUGGCAUUCUGGGUUGACUGGGCGCUGUGGGAGAAGUUGAGUUUUACAUGCCACAACGCAGAGGAGAAAGGAGAGCUGACGAUAAUACAGGUCCUCGUUUUCAUAUACGCCUCUUGCGUUCUUGCAUUCAACAGGUGGAUGACACGCCGAUACGCAGAUGCGGAAGCUCGCCAGAAGGAGGAGGAAGCCGAGUUAUACCCCAUGCUAGCGAGUGAUGAUGUGCCAUUUGGCGCCAGAGCCCUCGAACAAGGACUGCAAAUCGAAGGCAUCUGGGUCUCUAAUCACAACACUCCGCUUCCGAGCCCACACCAGCCCGGGACACCCACUGGAGAUCGACCAUCUAGCCCAGCCAGCCCAGCUCCGAGGCAGCUCCCAGUGCACCCUCCUACACCGGCCUCCUCGAUGACCCUCGAGAGUUCGAGGAACACUCGGGCAUCCCUGCCAGCAUACAUCCGACCGGGAUUGAGCUCCGAGGUGGAUAUUGUCACAGCCAACAAGUACACAUAUGAACAUUAUGUCCCUGGUGGAAUCUACUCGCCCGUAAUGUCGUCCAAGACACCGAGCUCGCCCGGUACCUUCCACCGGCGUAUCGAAGGCUUCGUCAGCGACAACAAGCGCGCCAAUCUUCACUCCCGAAUUUGGCGUGCAAGUCAAGCGUUCGAUACAAAGACCGCGAGGGCGGGUCCUCAUAGCCCUGAUGAGUUGGAUUUAGGCCCAGAUGGAGAUGAACCUGGUCUCCGACUGGCGGGCGAGCAGCAACAGACUUCACGGAUUACCAGGGUUCUUCGCAAACGGUCUUCGGAGGAGUUCCGACGCAAGAUGAGCGCCAUCUUCAACGAGCGAAUCCACAUGAAUAUGCCCGCGGAAAGGCUUCAAUUGAACCCGACGGUUCGAGAUGGCCAGAGACGACACAAACGGAUGUCGAUACUCACCUCGGUCCCUACCGAACCUGAAGAUAUGACAGCCGACAUGGAACCCCAAGGGGAGUAUGAUGAGGGUGGUCUGCCUGGCCCUGGGGCCCCAACCCCGCUCUCUGCUCUAGAGGGUAUGGCGGGUUUGUCUGCCAGAGAUAUCAAGCUGUUUGUGGAUGCCGGCUACCACACUGUCGAGAGAAUUGCCUUUACACCAAAGCGCCAGCUGGAGCAGAUCAAGGGCAUCUCAGAGCAAAAGGCUAGCAAGAUCUUGGCUGAGGCUAACAAACUUGUCCCCCUGGGAUUUACAACGGCGACUGAGAUGCACGCCCGGAGAAGCGAGCUUAUCUCAAUCACAACUGGAUCCAAACAACUUGACACCCUGCUCGGCGGUGGUAUUGAAACGGGAUCAAUUACGGAGAUUUUUGGAGAGUUCAGAACGGGAAAGAGUCAGAUUUGCCAUACUCUCGCAGUAACCUGUCAACUUCCUUUUGAUAUGGGUGGAGGCGAGGGCAAAUGUCUUUAUAUCGACACGGAGGGAACCUUCCGACCGGUUCGACUCCUUGCAGUUGCCCAAAGGUUCGGGCUUGUUGGUGAAGAGGUUCUCGACAAUGUGGCUUACGCUCGAGCUUACAACUCCGACCAUCAGCUGCAGCUGCUUAAUCAAGCAUCUCAGAUGAUGUGUGAAACUCGAUUCUCGCUCCUGAUCGUGGACUCGGCGACCUCGCUAUACCGUACAGACUUCAAUGGUCGUGGUGAGCUUGCAUCUCGGCAGACUCACUUGGCAAAGUUUUUGCGCACGCUGCAACAUCUUGCAGAUGAGUUUGGUAUCGCUGUUGUCAUCACCAACCAGGUUGUCGCCCAGGUCGACGGUGGCCCCAGUGCUAUGUUCAACCCCGAUCCAAAGAAACCUAUUGGAGGCAAUAUCAUAGCCCAUGCCAGCACUACUCGGCUCAGCCUUAAGAAAGGCCGGGCUGAGACCCGUAUUUGCAAAAUUUAUGACAGCCCUUGCCUGCCCGAAAGCGACUGCCUCUUUGCCAUCAAUGAAGAUGGUAUCGGGGACCCCAGUGAGAAAGACCUGGAGAAAGACUGA